ACUCAAAUAAAUUAAGACACGUCCGAAAUGCCACGAAACGUAACCGGUUGAUUGACAGGCGCUCGUCCAAUCACCGGACGAGCCGGCCUCUCCUAAGUGUGACGACACACGUAUAAGGACCAAUCACAGCGCAGGACCGGGGAGGGGCUGGCUUUGUUGACAGGAAGUGCGUGAAGCGGACUCGCUACCACAGCUUGUCUCGUAGUUUAAUCCUGACAAACGGUACCUGUCACUUUUGUGCCUCGUCCCGGAGGUAUGUGGACGUGAAGUAUGCUUGUUCAGAUCGACCCGAGGCAAAGAUGCAAUGGAGGUCGAUCGUAGUUGGUCUGGUGGUCCUGAGACUGUCUGUCAGCUGUGUGCUGUGGCUCGCCUUCGGACUGGGACCUAACGUCAGCUGGGGCUUCAACUUCCAUCUCGGAUUCAACCUGCACAAAUUAGACCUUCUUUUCAGGGAGGAGAAGGACGCCGACCCAAGGGGGAGCUCGUGGUCUCAGCGCAUCCAGAGCCCCAAGCAUGAGGAGACGGCGACCACCUGCCCCACGGUGGGUCGGGGGUCCCGCGCGGGAUCCUACCUGAGCUUCUUUGACGGCAACAAGGACGAGUACGUCCGCAGAUACAGCUCGUUCCCGGACACGCUGAGAGUGAAGAUGAAAGACAUGGCCAGAGACAUGUUUUAUUUCGGAUACGACAAUUACAUGAAGUAUGCGUUCCCGGAGGACGAGCUGAAUCCUAUAGACUGUGAAGGGAGGGGACCAGACGUGCUGAACCCGUCAAACAUCAACAUAAACGAUGUCUUGGGCAACUACUCUCUGACACUCAUUGACACCUUAGACACGCUACUGGUACUUGGGAAUGUGACAGAGUUCCAGAGAGCUGUGAAGCUGGUUAUAGAUACUGUAUCGUUUGACAAGGACUCCACAGUGCAAGUUUUUGAGGCAAAUAUCAGGAUCUUAGGCAGCCUCAUCUCGGCCCACAUCCUGCUGACAGACCCAAAGCAUCCGUUUGGAAAGGUGGGCUUUGAAGGCUACGACAACGAGCUGCUGCACCUGGCUCAUGAUUUGGCCGUCCGCUUGCUGCCGGCCUUCGAGAACACCAGCACGGGCAUCCCCUACCCCAGGGUGAACCUGAAGACCGGCGUUCCCGCUGACAGCGUCAAUGAGACCUGUACUGCAGGCGCCGGCUCGCUGCUGGUGGAGUUCGGGAUUUUGAGCCGCUUGAUCGGAGACUCUACGUUCGAGUGGGUGGCUCGCCGGGCAGUCAGAGCUCUGUGGAGCCUGAGGAGCAAUCAGACCGGUUUGUUGGGGAAUGUAGUUAACAUCCAAACAGGCCAGUGGGUCGGCAAACAGAGCGGCCUCGGAGCUGGGAUGGACUCAUUUUAUGAGUAUUUGCUGAAAUCAUACAUCCUUUUUGGGGAAAAAGAGGACUACAGGAUGUUUCAAGCUGCUUAUGAGAGCAUACAGAACCACCUGAGAAGAGGGAGAGAGUCGUGCAAUGAAGGCGAGGGUGACCCGCCCCUCUAUGUCAAUGUGAACAUGUUCAGUGGGGAGAUCGUCAACACGUGGAUCGACUCACUUCAGGCCUUUUUCCCUGGGCUGCAGGUGCUGAAUGGCGAUGUAGAUAACGCCAUUUGCCUGCACGCCUUCUACUAUGCCAUCUGGAAGCGCUUCGGGGCUCUGCCGGAGAGAUACAACUGGCAGCUUCAGGCUCCCGAUGUGCUUUUCUACCCCUUGCGGCCAGAGCUGGUGGAGUCCACGUACCUGCUGUACCAGGCAACCAAAAAUCCUUUCUACCUGCAUGUUGGAAUGGAUAUCCUUCAAAGCCUUGAGAAAAAUGCCAAAGUCAGAUGUGGGUAUGCCACUCUCCACCACGUGGUGGACAAAUCCAAAGAGGAUCGCAUGGAGAGCUUCUUCCUCAGCGAAACCUGCAAAUACCUGUACUUGCUGUUCGAUGAGGACAACCCACUCCAUAAAUCUGAUAACAAGUACAUCUUCACUACCGAGGGCCACGUCGUGCCUAUAGACAAGCGCUUCAGGGAGAAACAGUGGAACGACUUCUUCCCGUGCGAGGAGGGAGCGCUGGCUGAGAGGGAGCCGCACAGCCCGCCCGCCCCGACUAACAUCAGCAACUGCGACAGGAUUCCAGAGGAGCGGCGCUACACUCUCCCACUGAAGAGCGUCUACAUGAGGCAGAUCGACCACAUGGUGGGACUGUUUUGAGGAGCAGUCUGGGGUUCCUGCCUCAACGGGCCUUCAGCGCUCCUCCACGUCUGCAGAUGCGGCGGCGGCUGUGGAGCCGCUCGUGGUGGAAACCCUUCUGCAACUUGCUUUGCUGUUCGAGAUCCAGACAGGAAACAGGUGCUAAGUAAAUUCUGAAGACCGUUUGAUGGCGUACUGUGUUAAACUGAGACCUGGUGUGGGUAUGUCAAUGUGGUCAACAACCUUUUGCAGCAGCUGACAUCCUGCAUUCAUUUUUUUUUUUUUUUUUUUUUUUGUAACAAAGUGAGAUUGUUUUCGGUGGUUUUUACAAUUACUGAGUUCGCGUGGAACAAAGAAAGUAUGUUUGUGUGUUAGUUUAUAAGCAUUGCAUGUGUGGGAUUGUGUGGAUGCAUAAUUAAAGCUACAGCUGAGCUGUACAUCAUCGUCAUGUUUCUGGAAACAGUGCCAUCUAGUCACACAUGGAAAAUGUCGUAACUCACAAAAAUACUCGCCUCUAAGAAUCUCUCUGAACGUGAUUAGUGCCUCUUUGCAGUUGAUUCACAUGUAUUAAUCCGUACAUUCAUGCAAGGGCUGCAGGUAAACACACUUUUGCACACAUUUGCAGAACGUUCCCCCCCAACAUGUAUUACUUUGUGCCUGUAGAUCAAUCCUCAUCUUUUGCUUUUCAGAGUUGUUGAAUCUCUUUCACUCUGAAUAUUUUAAUUUGGCUGAAUAGCAAUAUUAGCCUUUAUUGCAGCAACAGCAGCUCAGCACCUGUCUUGGUUUUGUUUUGCACAUUUCAUCAAGUGAAACCUCAGCAAAGGUUGUUUUGUAACCGAGAAAUAAUUCCAACUGCUUCCUGCCUGCUGACACCUGUUUGAUCAGGCUGCAGAAACGUGUGUUAACCUCUCAGGCUUCGACUUACACAACGUAUUCUCAUGUUCAAAUGGAUGUGAGUGACUGUAAGAGAGAGAGAGAGAGAGAGAGAGAGAGAGAGAGAGAGAGAGAGAGAGAGAGAGAGAGAGAGAGAGAGAGAGAGAGAGAGA